AGGUCUAUCCUGUGUUCAUGUCAUACAACUUCGCGAUCGGUACUGUGUUGUUCAGGACUACUCGUAGGCCAAGGUCGCGUGCACCCUUGACGACGCGAACUCCGCACCGCCACACUUUCCCCGUGAAAGCCACAGCGGCCCCGCUACAGGGCAUAAAAUACUCGACACAGGCGCAUGCAUAAAUCUCCACCAAACACAGUCAUUCCACCAACAUCAACUCCAGAAAAUUAACUCACUGGAACAAGAUGUCGACUCAAGCAAUUACCAACAUUGACAUUCAAGGCAAGUUGCCUAAGGUCGCCUCUGGAAAAGUGCGCGACCUGUACGCAAUUGACGAUGACACACUGUUGUUCGUCGCCAGCGACCGUAUAUCAGCAUACGACGUCAUCAUGGAGAAUGGCAUCCCAGGAAAAGGCGCUCUUCUAACUGCCAUGUCAAUCUACUGGUUCCACUACCUCCCCACUAAAGUUCCCGGCCUCAAAACCCAUUUCCUUUCCCAAGACCUCCCAGCCGCCAUCCAGGACCAAACUUCCCUCAAGGACCGCAGCAUGCAAGUUCGUCGUCUGUGCAUCCUGCCCAUUGAAUCUAUAGUCCGCGGCUACAUCACCGGAUCAGGCUGGUCCGAGUACACCAAGUCCGGAACCGUCAACGGAAUUAGUAUGCCCAAGGGAUUGAUUGAAGGUCAGAAGCUACCACAACCAUUGUGGACACCGAGUACCAAGGCGGAAGUAGGCGGCAAAGACGAGAAUAUCAGCCCCGAGGAAGCUAGACGUCUGAUUGGUGAUGAGAAGAUUGCGAAGCGCGUGGAGGAGCUUUCACUGGCUAUCUACAGUGCUGCUGCGGACCGCGCAGAGGAGGUCGGUAUUAUCCUCGCUGACACCAAGUUCGAGUUUGGAGUUGAUGAGAAGGGCGAAGUGGUGCUCGUUGAUGAGGUUUUGACACCGGAUAGCUCAAGGUUUUGGCCAAAGGAGUCAUGGGAGAAGAAUUUGGGAAAGGCGCAACCUAGCUAUGACAAGCAGUUCCUCAGGGACUGGCUGACAAGUAACGGGCUGAAGGGCAAGGAGGGAGUCGCAGUGCCGGCGGAAAUUGUGGAGAAGACAGCCGCGAAGUACAGGGAGGCUUGUGAGAAGCUUACAGGCAAGAGUGCGUAAGAUUGUGCUGAGGAUGGGAGGGUUGAAGAAUACGAUGCGUAAGGCGUAGCUGGUAUGAAGCCUUGGUAAUGCCAGACUUGAAGAUAAGGCAUAUCCAAGUACCAUCGAAGUCACUUCCAACAUAUGCUGCAUGAAGACCAAUCAUCAAAGUAUUUCUUCAUUCAGUUAAUCUAUAUACCUCAUUCUAGCCUUCUCAACG